ACUUUUGUUGCACGGACUAGCGCUGCGUAUACGGGCUACGAGAAGAGUGGGGAUUUUAAAAACGUAAGAAAUAUUACGAGCAAAAUAAAAACAUAUUUGUGGGAUUCUGUUUAGUGGUACAUUUAGGAAGUUUAAAAAAAGGUUUACUCAACAGUGUUGGUUCUUAAAUAUAAAUUGAACGAUUAUUACAUGUUAUUAGUUAAAUUAGUGCAAACUCCAUCCUUUUGAUAAAAUAAAUGACCAAAAAUAUGGUAAACUACGUUUUCUGAUUGUCAUAAAAAUAAGCAAGUAAUGUAAGGCUUUGGAUUAAUUCUUUUGUGAAUUAUAUUUGUUUACACUGCAUUUUAUUGAAAGGAGUAAAACUUUCCGACGUUCAAUCUGACACUUGUUAUGCACGCACCCCUUGACCUCUACGUCACAGUCACAAGGUAAACAAUAUGGCCGCUUACACUGCGUUUUGGAUACAGUUGAAAUAAAUUGCACUUUAGAUUAAUUUAAAUUAGACAUCUGUACAAUAUUUUGACGGCAUAUGAUAUUGUAUAGAUGUACCUUUAUAUAUUUUGAGAGAUCCGUGAACUGAAGGCAGUUUUCAUUGAAUAUAAGCAUGGCGUCGGCUUUUGUGGUCGUAGAGAAAUUCAGAAAUAAAGUCUCACAAUUAUUAGAAAAUGAUUCGGUGCCUCAAGACUUGAGAGAAGAACUAGAGGAGAUUGUGGAAAACGAGUCACCGACAAAACUGUCCUUCAAAACUGCAAGGAAAUUGAAGAAGUACCUACAAGACAAUGAUCAUCCAUUUUAUCUUCAUCAAUUACUUGAAGACAGCACGUUGUUCCUGCCCGAAGUUGUAAAGCCACCAAGGAACCCAGAGCUGGUUGCACGUUUGGAAAAGAUCAAAGCCAAACUCGCAAAUGAGGAGUACAACCGAAUGACCAGAAAUGUUAAUGCUCAGGAAAUGAGUCGCAAUGGAGGACUUGCAGAAAUUGGACGAGAAGUACGCUCGGUGAAAGCAGCUGUAGUGACGGUCUUUAACUUCCUGGUGACGAUUGUAGCAACUUUUGCAUGUUCGUACAUGGGCAGCCAGUACCUCUUCACUGAAACCACUUCUAGAGUAAUUGCAGCCGUCAUUGCAGCCUCAGUAGUGGGUCUGGCAGAGCUGUACGUCUUGGUCCGAACGAUGGAGGGAGAACUGGGGGAACCAUAGCAGAAAAUUUAAGGGCCUCUCAACAGCAGCACUAUUCAUACUUGGACAAUUUUUUAUCAUUUUGAUUUUGUGAAAAGUCUUUGUGUUUCCCUGAACACGUUUUCUUAAAAAUAAUCACUGGUCCUUUUUGUUUUCAUUUAUUUGCUUUUAGUAUUUGCUCCUUAUGCCAUGUAAUGUUUAUCUGUAUGCGUCUUUUCUUUAUAUGUUUUGAAUAAAAUUUUCACAAGUGC